GCUCCUGCUCACCCGCCCGCUACUCUGCUCAAGAUGAUCUCGGCCACUCGUCUGCAACGCGCUGUUCGCCCCGCCGCCCGUGCCUUCUCGCAGUCUGCCAACCCCAGCCGCAUCCUCGUGACCGGCGGCACGGGCCAGAUCGGCAUGGAGCUCGUGCCCUACAUGCGCCAACUAUUUGGCGCCGACACUAUCGUGAACUCAGAUAUUAAAGCGCCUGGUGGCGGCCACCGUGAUGGCAACUUUGUCUACUGUGACGUGCAGGACCGCGACUCGAUGGCGCGAAUUGUGACGGAGCAGGGCGUGGACACCAUCGUACACAUGGCGUCGCUGUUGUCUGCUGUGGGUGAAGCCAACCCGUCUCUUGCUCUGUCGGUGAAUACUCGUGGUAUUCAGAACGUACUGGAGCUGGCAAAGCAGUACCAACUGCGCGUGUUCGCUCCGUCUACCAUCGCAGUAUUUGGUCCUUCCACACCGCAGGAUGAGACCCCAGACACGACAAUCAUGCGCCCUACGACAAUGUACGGACUUACUAAAGUGCAUGUGGAGCUAUUGGGCGAGUACUACUACAACAAGUUCGGUGUGGACUUCCGUUCGGUGCGAUACCCGGGAGUUAUUUCGUCUGAGGCGCUUCCUGGCGGCGGUACCACGGACUACGCCGUCGAGAUCUUCUACGAAGCGCUUAAGCACGGCAAGUACACGUGCUUCCUCAACCGGGACGCUAAGUUGCCCAUGAUGUACAUGCCCGACUGCCUCAAGGCCACAAUGGGGCUUAUUAACGCACCAAACGACUGCCUGUCACAGCGAACAUACAACAUCACGGCCGUGUCUUUCACACCUGAAGAGAUAGUGGCGUCCAUUCAGAAGGUCAUGCCGAGCUUCCAGUGCGACUACAAGCCCGACUUCCGCCAGCAGAUCGCCGAGACAUGGCCCCGCUCAAUCGACGACAGCAUCGCCCGAAAAGACUGGAACUGGCAGCACGACUUCGAUCUGGACAGCAUGGUCGAAGAUAUGCUCGUCAAACUCGACGCCAAGCUCUCCAAACCGGAAGCCGCGGUCGAAGAAACCGCGUAA